GCAGCGCUGCUUCAUGAACAUGUUGGUGCAAGUCCCACAAGAUGUUUGUUUGAUUUCUGUGAUUUCAGUCGCGUAUGGACACAUGAGUGAAUAUUUCCACAUCAUGUUCAAAAUUUCAGUAUGAAGCUGGAUCUGAACAACUCCAACAUGUCUGGUGGGUCCAGUGCUGAGAAGCCGGAGCAGGGGCCGGUGGAGUACCGCCUGGCCGGUCUCAUCUUCUACUGCUUCAUCUUCGUCGUCGGAGUCAUCGUCAACAUCACUGCCCUGUGGGUCUUCUCUCUCACCACCAAGAGGAGGAACUCGGUCACUGUCUACAUGAUAAACGUGGCGAUGGUGGACCUCACUUUCAUCCUGCUGCUUCCCUUCAGGAUGGUCUACCACCACCAGGACUACUGGCCCUUCGGAGAUAUCUUCUGCCGGGUGAUGGCCGCUCUCACCAUCUUCUACCCCUGCAUCGCUCUUUGGCUCUUUGCUCUGAUCAGCGCUGACCGCUACAUGGCUAUCGUGCAGCCACGGCAUAGCAAGGAGCUGAGGAACGUCCCCAAGGCCGUGUUGGCGUGUUUGGGGGUGUGGCUCAUGACUUUGGGCUCCACCGUCCCCCUGCUCUUCUCCAACCACGACCCCGAUAAAAUCUCCAACUUCACCACCUGCGUCAAGAUGCAAGACAUCGUCUACUUACGCCAGGACAACGCUGUCAACUUUGUGCGACUCAUCUUCUUCUUCCUGGUUCCCAUAUGUAUAAUGAUAGGCUGCUACGUCGUCAUCGUGGACAACCUGAUCCACGGCCGCACCUCGAGACUCAAACCUAAAGUGAAGCAGAAGUCAAUCCGGAUCAUCAUCACGCUCAUAGUCCAGGUGCUGGUCUGUUUCGUGCCUUUCCACGUGUGUUUACUGCUCCGUUUCAUGGGGAGGGGCCAAGAUGGCGGGUUUAGCACGUGGGCGGUGUUCACCACAUUCCUGAUGAACAUGAGCACGGUGUUGGACAUUAUUCUGUAUUACAUCGUCUCCAAGCAGUUCCAAGACCGAGUGAUCAGUGUGAUCCUGUACAGGAACUAUCUGCGCAGUGUGAGACGGAAGAGCCGGCACACGAUGAGCAACGUGACCAGUGCAAUGACAUGAAGCAGCCGUGGAACACCGCACAUAUAUGUGUUCUGUGGAUUCCCUCCGCCAAAUGUAACACUGCAUGUAUCGCCCCAAUAUCGUUCAUUAUCCAAAGGAUCAAAACUUGCAAUUAAUUUCCAAGGUGUAAUUUACACUCACAGUAUGGGAGUGCUGCUGUUGUGGCAAAAACAUCUGUGUUCCGAGCUGAUUGACUCACCCAUGAGACUUGAGAUGUUUUUUUUGUGCAGCUCUGCUCUGGCAGACACAGCGUCGGAGUCUGUGGCUCAGGUGUAACAAAUGCAAGCGGAAAUAAAAAAAGCCGGUGAUGGUUUAGAUAA